GGAGGAUAGAGGAAGUAUUUAACGUGUAGUGUCCGACCAGUCGGUGGUCAGUCUGGUCGGGAUGCUGGCAUCAGACGGAGGAAAAAGGUUAUGAAAUCUUGUAUCUGUGAUGAUCCUUGUCCAGUGCUGUAAUCUCAGUUCCAUCACCUGGGCUGUGCUGUUCACUCGACACCUGCAGACUUGUUGGAAGUUCUGCAACAGGUUCUAAUCAGUAACUUCGCGAAGGCAUUGAAGAGGUCAGCUGGCUAGGUCAACGAGCAAACUGCAUACACCAGCUGGGGCCCCUAAAAAUGGCAGGAGAAGCAGACGACAGCCAUGUCCUGGAGGCUGACAGUACCCUCCCUCCUGGGGCUGCUUUGAAGGGGUCCGUUUCGACGGAGAGUGCUCUUUCGUCAGACACCUCGUCGGAUGGAGACAUGGCUCCGAACUCCUCCAUGAUUAGCCCAUCAACCAACGCCUCGCUCAACUACUUCGAGAGGGACGAGGCCCUGGCCAGGGCUGAGAUUGCCGUGCUCGCCACCAUCUUGUACCUGGCGCUCUUCGGUAACGUCUUCGUGCUCGUUGUCUUGCGCCUGCGCCGUCAGAAGCUGACGCGCAUGCAGUGGUUCAUCGUGCACCUCAGUCUUGCGGACAUCUUCGUGGGCAUCUUUCACGUCCUUCCGCAGAUGCUGAUGGACAUCACCAAUCAGUUCUACGGAGAUGACUUUCUAUGUCGCUUCGUGAGAUAUGUCAACGUUGUGGCCAUGUACGCCUCCUCCUACGUCCUGUUAAUGGCUGCCAUCGACCGCUACGUUUCCAUUUGUCACCCGCUGACAAAUCAGACCCUGUCGCCCAAGCGAAUUCAUCUUAUGAUCCUCUUGGCCUGGGGUCUGGCCAUCGUCUUCUCCAUCCCGCAGCUGAUCAUCUUCCGGCUGCAAGACAUGGGAAACAAUGAGUAUGAGUGCUUUGCUAUUUUUAACCCGGAAUGGGGGCUGAGAGCCUACGUCACCUGGGUCUUCAUAUCCGUGUACCUGGUACCCUUGCUCAUCCUGGCCUUUUGCUACAGCCGCAUCUGUCACGUGGUGUGGGUCAGCGUAGAGGCCAAGCAGGGCAAGAACUGGUCAGUAACCGAUCAUGCCGAAAAACGAUUCGUCUGGCGUAUAUCUUUCAGGAAUACCAGUGGCAACAUGAACAGCGGCAUUGGCGGCUCGAGGCGCAGCGGAAGUGACGCAAACGGCUACUCAGCUCGCGAGGACGCCCAAUCGUUGCGCUGUCUGAUGUCCAACCAAAGCAAACCUCGCGGACACCAGAGGGGCGUGUCCAAGUCGAAGAUGAAGACCAUCAAGCUGACCCUGGCCGUGGUGCUGUGCUAUCUGUUGUGCUGGGCCCCGUGGUUCAUCGCCAACAUGGCGACGGCGUGGAAUGAAUCCAUUAGGUUUGAAGGUCCUUCUAUGACUAUCAUCGCUCUUCGCUCGUUCAACAGCUGCACCAACCCCUGGAUCUACCUGGCCUUCUCGGGCCGCAUGUGCAACAAGUCCGACCGCCGCAUUUCACGGUCGUGGACUCGCUCCACGCACGUUGUCAUGACGACCGUGGACUCGGAAUCACGCUCGCGCACCUCCAUGUAUGACCUUUCACGCUGCAGUUCGCGCGAGGCCAGCCCUUGGACCAAAGACCACACGUGCGGCAGCAGCUCGUGCUGAUCCAUCGACGUCCACGUCUUCACUCGAUGGCGUUGGCCGCGGGCCACUACCUUACAGGCUCCCCAUCAGGCAAUGACGUGCUGGAGGUACCAAUCCUGCCAGCUGACCGGACAGCAGGACAAGCGCUGGUUGCUUGUGAUCCCUUCCCAUCUUGUCGAGGGCACAGGGGUUAGGGUCACGACCUCUCGACCUGCAUUGGUCACUUAUCACGUCUCGUCUACUACUACUACGGCAGUCCAGAUUUAUUAAACAAGCAAGACUUAAGUGAAUCUGAUUUUACUGAUCGUUUGUUGAUUGUUUACACGGAUCUCAUGCGUGGUUCUGUGUUUAUCCCGUUUCACCGAUUGUUCCAAACAUGUUGUUCAGAGUUCUGAAGCCACGUCUGCACCAGAGAAAUAAACAUUUCCAACUUUUGAUUAUAACAAGUAAAAUGAUUAAGUUUUUGAGGUUUCAGCGCGAGAGAUGUGAUAGCAAAUACAUUAACAUGUUACCUGUUGGUAGCCGACCUGAUUAAAAUUUUUACAGGUGCAUGAUUAAGGAGAAAAUCAACAAAAAUUGAAUGUCUGUUUUGUAUUAAUGUCGUUGAUAGAACGGGAACUUUACGAAAUUGAAAAAAGCAACAGUCAACUUUCAGACACUUCAUCACCAGGGUAGAUACAGUGUGAGGAUGUGACAGGUAUCUGUGAUGUUACAGAUAAUACAAGAAUAUAGAAGGUGUAACAUUAAAAGUAAAGGCAACAUAUGAUCUUGCAAUAGUGAAUGACACUGAGUUUGGAACAAGAAGCAUUUGGAAGACCUGAUAGAGAGUGAGAGACUAUAUAAAUAUGACAUCAGCUAAGUAGACCUUUGUUCGGGAAAUUGUGUUAAUUUUGAGAACAAUAAGAAAGUUACAAACUUUCUGUGAACCUGAGACAAGAGGCACUGAAGUAUUCAAACACUACAAAACUACAACAUGUAGUGACUUGAAGAUGAAGUAGACAACACUAGCUACAAGAUACUUUAUAAACUAUGAUGAUUCUGUGUAACUUUGGAUUAGGAAUAAAAAAAUAAACACUGCAGA